CUUGAUUUUCUCUGAAUAGCGUGUAGUUGCUUUGUGAGAGUGAAAUUGCAAAGAAAAGAUGAAGUUGGAUGUGGACGCGCUGAUAUACCUCUCCAAAGAUGAUUUCAGUGUUCUUACCGCCAUCGAGAUGGGCAUGCGGAAUCAUGAAAUUGUACUGUCGGAGUUGAUUGACAGAAUCGCGUCCCUCAAGCAUGGUGGCACCUAUAAAGUUUUGAAGAAUUUGCUUAAGCACAAGCUCUUGCAUCAUGAUUCUUCCAAAUAUGAUGGUUUCCGGCUGACAUACUUGGGCUAUGACUUUCUUGCAAUUAAGUCAUUGGUUAACCGUGGAGUUUUUGCUGCGGUUGGUCGUCAAAUUGGUGUGGGAAAGGAAUCUGAUAUUUUCGAGGUCGCUACGGAGGAUGGCACAGUUCUUGCCAUGAAGCUGCAUAGGCUUGGUAGGGUAUCUUUCAUGGCAGUCAAGUCUAAACGUGAUUAUUUGAGGCACCAUAGUAGCUAUAAUUGGCUGUACUUGUCACGGCAGGCUUCUCUCAAGGAGUUUGCAUUUAUGAAGGCUUUGGAUGAACACGGUUUUCCUGUUCCACAUGCUGUGGAUUGCAAUCGGCAUUGUGUCAUCAUGUCACUCAUCCAAGGUCAUCCGCUUGUGCAGGUUAAGCAAUUGCAAAACCCAGACACGGUCUUUGAAACAAUCCUUGGUCUUAUUGUUGGCCUGGCAGAGCAUGGACUUAUUCACUGCGAUUCCAAUGAAUACAAUAUCAUGAUUGAUGACGAUGAGGUUACAAUGAUUGAUUUUCCGCAAAUGGUUUCAGUUUCUCAUCGAAACGCCAAGAUGUACUUUGAUCGUGAUGUUGAGUGCAUAUUUAAGUUCUUUAGAAAGAGGUUCAACAUCAACUCUGAUGAAAAUGAAGUUGAACAUGACGAUUCAGAAGUCCAAUCUGAUGAAGAUUGCAGGCCUCAGUUCUCGGACAUACAGAAAGCUUCUGGUUUCCUGGACAAGGAACUUGAAGCAAGUGGUUUCACUAGAAAGGAUCAAGAUGAUAUGGAGAAGUUUGUUGAUGGGGAUGCCGAGGAAGAUCCGGGAUCUGAUUCUGAAGAAACUGAAGAUGAACAAGCAAUUGUUGAUCAGACAAAUGAUGACAUUAUAAAAAAUUUUGAGUCCUUGAGUUUGGUUAGAGAGGUAAACAUUCAUACAUUUUUCCUUAAAGACUGUCAUUUUACGUUUCCUAUGAAGGCUUCGGGAGCAGUUGAAAUUCGUAGAUUGUAGACAUCUCUUUAUAUUGUUUUCUGCUUGACGCCUGACAGGAUUGAAAUGAUGCUUCAGAAAUAAUAAACUUUAUAAUUUAGAAAACUGUAA